AUUUCAUUUAAUUUAUACAUCUGAAAACCUGCUGAAAGUUGCAGAAUGUCCUGUAACACCAGUGUCACUCGUGUUCAUGUUUCAUCUGUGGGGCAGGCACAGAGAGUCCCAGUCCACCUCUUGCCCUGUGAAAUAGAACACAACGGGCCGGCGCAGGUCUCACAAUACUUCAAUGCAACCACGAAAGACGGCAAACUCGAGAAGACCGUAUCGUUCAGAGGCCGUGGGCUGAAGGGUCAGGAGCUCAACUGUCCACAGGGCUACACUGGUUUGGUGCUGAAAGACAUUAACAAGCCCGACUCUGACCAAGAGGACAGGACAGUGAAGGUCUCCUCUGUGUUUAACAAGCUGACCUACUGGAACAUGGAGACGCCUCCGAACUCAGACGAUACAGUUGUUAUGGCGAUGGAUUGGCCAGAGUUAGCUGAGGCGAUUCACGGGCCAGUAGAAGACUGAAAAGAGACGAACCUUCCUGUUCAGAGGGGGCAGAUGGGUUCCCCUUAGUGUUACAUGUGAAAUGUAUAGUUUGAUGGUUACUAUUGCAGUCUAAUAAGUAACAAACAUAAUGUUUAUAUUUUGUAUGUUUUUUUAAUAAAAGGAAUUAAAUAAAGACA